GCCGACCUUAUCAGGAAAAAAAUAACUUUAUCAUUGUCAAACAGAUAACACAGUUGAGGAUUAUGGUGAUCUCGAUUUAAGCAAUGUGUCAAAGAGUACUGCUACAGUGAGUAACAUGAAAAACCAUUGGCCAGUUGGAGACGCAAAUAAACUGGUAUGUGAGAGUUAGUAUAUGAAUGCGUGUGACGUUAAAGUUGAUUUGUCUUCAAGAUACAAGUGAUGUUAUCAUAGGUGUUUUGUUAAAUUAUAAUUUCAUUUGUAAAUGAGUAAGGGGAAACCCUAAAACAACACAUAUAUCGAAACAAAGGACGGGUAAAAAGCGUUUGUCCAACACGUCCCUUGUUUCAUAGCGUUCUAAAAGACUUUUUUUACACUCACAAAUCUAUGAGGUUUGUAGAAUGAUUCUGUGUCGUCACGCGGGACUCUCUUGUCCGGUCGAUUCAGUGCUCCUCGUGCUGAACUGUUAGCUCGCAUCUGAAUGUAUGACAUUGAGGUACAUCUGUGGCAUGCUUGGUCGUGGCAGGGGGGGGGGGCUGGGAAUUUGAGCGAUGGGGUAUAAAGAAAGCUUGACUACAAAACAAGCCUACCUUUUCGCUUGCAAUAAACUUGGGGUCCGAACUGUAGCAUUUGUGGAUGGGAUGAGAAAGUUGUUGGGGCAGAAUAUUUUGGGCAGAUAGAUUCUGAUCAACAUAAGCAAGCAGACGUCAAAAUUGUAAUUUUUUUAGUUGUAUGCCUUGGCAAAAAGCUAAGUCAUUAUCACGUGGACUUUGUAAGCAUCCGCUGUAAACACAACAAAUUAUUCUUUUACGGAAAAUUUAUUGAUUACAACUAGACUAUCAUAAUUGAAAGAAGAAAAUAUUUUUUUUUUUAAAUUUGUAAAAAAAGUUUUCUUUUUAAGACACUUUUCAACGCAAUAAAAAUUAGACCAAAUUUUUCUUUAUUAAACAUUCAUUAAAGUUCAUUACGCAAAGAAACUAUGUGCAGAAAAAAUAUUUUAAAAUUUCUGAAUAAAACACAAUUAAACUUCUUCUACGUUUAAAAUGGAAUCCUUUGGCUUUAAAGAAUGUCUUACUACUCUUCUGCAUAUACUUUCUUUGCGUAUUGUAUGUUAAUAAAUUUUAGGAAAAUUAUUUUCUACUAUACAUUGCGUUUAAACUCGUCUUCAAAAGAAAGUCCUAUUUUUAAAAAAAAAAUGUUUUUUUAUCUUUAAUUUUAAUAUUCAGUGUUGGCCUACAUCACAUUACUUAUUUUCAUUACAUUGACCUAUGAAGAUUGCCAUUUUUUUAAAAAUCCUUUUAUUAAUUUCGCUUUUGUUCGUGGGUCGCUGGAAAAAAAAUCUUCGUACGGCUAAUUGACCCACUUCCCGUCAACCUAUCGAGCUCAAACCUGGCACAUAGAAUCGUUGCCGAUGACAACACAUUUAUCAAAUGUCCAACCCCACACCCAAAACCCAAUCCCCAACAAACUAUUUUUGCCUGUUUGUAAAGGGGAACGUGAUGACUGCGCUAUAUGAGAUUAUUUUGUUAAAAAAAUAUCACAACUGCCUUUGGUGCGUAAUAUUUUCUUUAGUUUUUAUGAAAUAGUUGGUGAAAUAAAUCUGUGGUGUAAAGGGUGUGUGUGUGUGUGGUCGGGGGGGAUGUCAUUAGAAUUUUAAUAUAGUUCAGGGGGUGGAAAAAAUUAGCGAUUGCGAGCCAGGGGAAGGGGGAGAAUCACUAAUUGGGAUUCUUAUAAAGUGUGUUACUUUUAGGCAUAUUUUGUCAAAUAUUCAGCCCCACCAUUUUAAUAAAGAAUUUCAAGGAAGAGCUAUGUUUUAGGGGUUGUUUAUCUAAUGCAGCCGAGUCGUCACGUGGGCCCAGCGUGCCAAAGUGUCGAAACCUGGCUACGCUUCUGGUUAGAGUGAUAACUAAUCAAACAAAAAUAAGAAUGGAUUUUUUUAAAUAAGAAUUAUUACUUUUAAUCAAAUACAUUUUCCAAAGCGCUAUAUUUCCUUGCUGCGCAUUCACUUUCAGCGACGUAACCAAAUCAACAAAAAUAGAUGCGCCGAUUAGAUUGCGAAGUGGCUGCACAUAAUAUUCUUGAUAUUUUAAAAGGAUACGAAACUUCUUAACGUUUUUUAUAAUAAUUUUUGUUGAACAAUUUUUUUUAUUUUUUUAAGAUUGCAAUACUUUGAAAAGUAAUUAUUUAUUAAUAUAUUUAUAACGAAGCAACACAUGUCCGUGUUUAUAAUCACGUUUCUCCUUAAAAGCUUUCAGCCGAAGUGAAGAGAGUUCUGGAGAAAGGACAGCGAGUUCUUGUCUUGGGAGGCGACCAUAGUUUGGGCAUCGGAUCGGUCCAUGGCCACUGCCAGGUGGAACCUGAUCUUAUAGUCAUAUGGGUGGAUGCCCAUGCAGACAUUAACACGCCCCUGACAACAAUUUCCGGGAACAUGCACGGCAUGAGUCUAUCAUUCCUUGUCAAGGAGUUGCG